CUUCAACAAUGCCAGGAAGACGUAAAACAGACCAAGAUGAUACAAGGCUGUACAAAUCUUUCUCAUUUCGGGAAAAAUUACGGUCAACGUUUUCACAUAAAAUCUCUGUAGAAAGUAAAACAGAAGAGAUUAUGUAUGGAAAUAUGGUUGUUUUAGGUGAUGAAGGAGUCGGAAAAACAUCUCUUAUACAACGCUUUGUAGACAAUAAAUUUUUUGACAACUACGUACCGACUCAAAACAUUUGUAAUUCUGACGUUAAAGCUCUUGUUGAGUGCGAGAAAAAGAAAACGCUCAAGAAGAAAGAAAAGAGCUUGAGAAACACCUUACGUAAAACUGCAUUGUUAAACAGCCAAUCAAAAUUACCAGAAAACAUAUCUGAUAAUUUAGGGAAAACUACAAUUAGCUGUCGCUGCAGGUCGAUUGCAGGUAUCGACAAAAAAAGAGAAAGUAGUUUAAAAAGAACUUUGAGUUUUGGUCGAGCACAAAUGCAACAAAUAAAAAACAAAGAGAACUAUAAAAGUCUGAAAGAGUUCAACAUUCAAUUGGUGGAUACGCCAGGAACCGUGAACUUGUCUUCUCCUGCGACAUAUAGGGCGAUCUUAUCAGACGCCAAAGGAUUUUUAAUAGUAUGCUCAUUUGAUAAGCCUUCCAGCUUUCAAUCCAUGAAAAAUAUAUACCAAGAUAUCAAGAAUAUGAAUGAUCGUGUACCUAUUAUUCUUGUGGUAAAUAAGGAAGAUUUGAACUCACAGAAUAUCGAAGACAUAGGAGAUAGGGUUUGUGAAUUCUCAAGGGAACUGGAUGUACAGUGGUGUGAAGUAUCAGCUUUCAAAGGAAUUGGCUUUAAAAAUCUAAUCGAAGUUAUUAUGAAUGAAACUACACAUUACAACGAACAAGAAGAUAUUGCUGAUCAGAUUCAAGACUAUGACUUUUUCUACUAAGUACAUAUGUGAAGAAACGUCGAAAGUACGCAGAGAAGAACAAUCAUAUCGCACGUUUAACGCUAAGUGAUUAUCGAUAUGAAAAAUGAUCUUUAAGUCGAUAUUUGUUCGUAAUUACUUGACAACCCAUGCCAUCUAUUGAAGGAGGUGUUGUAAAGUCCCAAUUUAAUAAUGUUUAUGAGUAUCAAAUAACUAUUUUUAUUAAUUAAUCGACGGUUAUUAUGACCCAUUAACCUGUGAAUCUGGGAAUGCAUAUUGAUGAUAAAAAACAUAAUAAAACAUGCUUUUGUGUAUUGAAAGAAACAUGCACAUGAGUGAACUAUGGUAGUAAAAACAUUUUAUUGACA